CACACACCCCCAGCAGCAGCGUCAACCGCCUCGCUGAAGCGAUCUCCAUCCCCACCCGCCGCCGGCGCGAUGCAAUUCCUCACCGCCUCCGCCUCGGUCUCCUCGCCGGUCACGCCGUCCGCGCACCUGCUCCGCCUCUCGCGGACCCCGCCCUUCCCGCACCUCCGCCGCCGCUGCUCCCCGCCCAAACCCCUCGCCCUCACCCGCCGCCCGCCGCUCCUCGUCGCCUCUCGCUCGUCCCUGCUCUUCGCCUCUCGCCCGUCCCUGCUCUUCGCCCCCCGCGCGUACGGCGGCCACGGCCACAGCCACAACCAUCACCAUCACCACGGCCAUGACCACCACCACCACGGCCACGGCCACCACGGGGUGGACGCGCACGGGGGAGGCGGGGGCGCGGCGGUCAUGCGGGUGGCGCGGGCGAUCGGGUGGGCCGACGUCGCCGACGCGCUGCGGGAGCACCUCCAGCUCUGCUGCAUCUCCCUCGGCCUCCUCCUCAUCGCCGCCGCCUGCCCGCACGUCGCGCUGCUAAACACCGUCGGGUGCCUGCAGGCCACGCUCAUCGCCGUCGCCUUCCCUCUCGUCGGGGUGUCUGCAGCGCUUGAUGCUCUUGUAAAUAUUGCUGAUGGAAGAAUAAAUAUCCAUGUUCUUAUGGCUCUUGCUGCAUUUGCUUCUAUAUUUAUGGGAAAUGCAUUGGAGGGUGGCCUGCUCCUUGCAAUGUUUAACUUGGCUCAUAUCGCUGAAGAGUAUUUUACAAGUAAGUCAAUGUUUGACGUGAGGGAACUGAAGGAAAAUCACCCUGAAUUUGCCCUGUUGUUAGAAACAAGUGGAGAAGAAUCUGUACAGUUUUCAAAUUUAAGUUACACCAAAGUUCCUGUGCAUGAUCUUGAAGUGGAUUCUCAUAUCUUGGUCAGAACUGGUGAGUCUGUGCCUGUUGAUGGAGAAGUCUACCAAGGUUCGUCAACUGUCACAAUUGAACACCUAACUGGUGAAACAAAACCUCUUGAAAGGACAGUGGGAGAUGCCAUACCAGGCGGUGCCAGGAACUUGGAAGGAAGGAUGAUUGUAAAGGUGACCAAAUCAUGGGUGGAUUCAACACUCAACAGAAUUGUCCAAUUGACUGAAGAGGGCCAGCUAAACAAGCCAAAGUUGCAAAGAUGGCUCGAUGAAUUUGGAGAGUACUAUAGCAGAGUUGUGGUGGCCCUUUCUUUGGCUGUUGCACUGUUGGGUCCGUUACUCUUUAAGUGGCCCUUUUUUGGUAACUCAGUUUGUAGGGGUUCAAUUUACCGUGGAUUAGGACUUAUGGUGGCUGCAUCUCCCUGUGCAUUGGCUGUAGCUCCAUUGGCAUAUGCAACUGCAAUCAGUUCUCUUGCUAGUAAGGGAAUUUUGUUGAAAGGUGGUCAUGUCUUAGAUGCUCUUUCUGCUUGUCAGUCUAUUGCUUUUGACAAGACAGGCACGUUAACAACGGGGAAGCUUACUUGUAAAGCAAUCGAGCCUAUCCAUGGACAUUUGGGUAGUUUGCAUGAUCACAGGGCUGUUUUAGAUCACUCUGUUGGAAAGGAGCUUCCAGCUGUUGCUGUAGAAAGUUUUGAAUGCUUACCUGGUAGGGGAGUUGCUGCUACUUUGAGUGGUGUAAAGGCAAGAAACAACGAAAAUGAGCUGUCCGAGGCAUCUAUUGGUUCUGUGGACUAUAUUUCACUAUACAGAUCUAAUGGUGAAUCGGAGCAAAUAAAACAAGCAGUAAAAAUUUCUGCAUAUGGGCCUGAAUUUGUCCAAGCUGCUCUAUCCGUUGAUAAAAAGGUAACCCUUUUCCACUUUGAGGAUGAACCCCGUCCUGGUGUUUGUGAAGUUAUAUAUACCUUAAGAGAAAAGGCUAAACUUCGCAUCAUGAUGCUCACUGGAGACCAUGAAUCAAGUGCCCAGAGGGUUGCUAAAGCUGUUGGUAUUGAUGAAGUCCAUUCCUCUUUAAAGCCAGAGGACAAAUUGAAUAAAGUAAAAGCAGUUUCAAGGGAGCGAGGUGGAGGUUUAAUAAUGGUCGGUGAUGGUAUAAAUGAUGCACCAGCUCUUGCAGCUGCAACAGUCGGAAUGGUUCUAGCCCAACGUACCAGUGCAACAGCAGUGGCUGUGGCAGAUGUUCUGUUGUUGCAGGAUAAUAUUUGUGGGGUGCCUUUUUGCAUUGCUAAGGCCCGCCAAACAGCUUCACUGGUCAAACAAAGUGUGGCCCUGGCCUUAACUUGUAUUGUUUUUGCUGCGCUUCCUUCUGUCUUGGGAUUUCUUCCUCUUUGGUUGACGGUACUUCUUCAUUAAGGAGGAACCCUUCUAGUGUGCCUCAACUCAAUAUGAGCCCUGAACACUCCGACAUGGUCCUUGGUAGACGACAUCCGGCAGCUCUUUGAUGGACUAAGGAAUUAUUUCUCAUCCAAGUUCAACAACUCUUCAUCAAACUAUGUCGCGAACACUGUUCCCUUGUAGAUACCAUGUACAGCAACGGUUCUUUUCUUACCUUCUGUGUGGUACUGUUUGAAUUUAGAUGAGGGGUUCUAACCUAAUUUUUGUAGGCUGUACUCUUAUCACCACCAUGUAAAGAAAGGAAAUUUGGCUUAAUGUUGAGGUAAGAAGUCAAAAACAGUGCUGAACAUUC